AUGACAUUCUCUGGCGCGCUAACGUUGACAGAUCUGAAUGAUUUUAUUGGCCCUUCCCAGACGUGCAUAAAGCCUGUCGAACAGACCAAUUUUAUAUCAGGAGCUGAGAAAGAUGCAGGCGCUGCUGCUACAGAAAUCCGAGUUGAUUCCAGCGGGUCCUAUUAUGAAGUUUCUGCUGAUGGAUUAUCAAGUCUCCGCAACAACUCCAGUUCAGGGACAAAGUUGGAACAGGCUGAGGUCAAUUUGAAUGACUGCCUAGCCUGCAGCGGGUGUAUCACAUCUGCCGAGUCUGUUCUGAUCACACUUCAAUCCCACAUCGAAGUUCUCAAAGUCCUUGAGUCGAACCCUUCAUCAGAAUUCUGCGACAGCCGGAAAACACCAGUGAUUUCCAUUGCUCCUCAAUCUCUUGCGUCGCUUGCUGCAUCGUUAUCAGAUUCUUCCUCAACGCAUUUGCGAGUAUCUCCGCGGCAGGUCUUGCGAAGACUUCGCAGGUUUUGCAAGGAUGUUUUAGGCUUUGCCUACGUGUUUGAUACGACCUUUGCUAGGCAUCUGGCCUUGAGGGAGCAUGUGACGGAGUUCGUGGAGCGACAAGAGAAACACCGUAACAAGAACUCCAUGGGUGAUGGCCACGAAACAGCGGAUCGAUGCUUGCCGAUGCUUGCCAGCGCAUGUCCAGGGUGGAUCUGUUAUGCAGAGAAAGCUCAUUCGGAAAUGCUUCCUUUCAUCGCGCAGACUAAGAGUCCUCAGCAGAUCAUGGGAACCCUAGUGAAGAAUUGGAUGGGUAGCAAGUGGGGAAAAUUACCGCACGAAAUAUACCAUGUUUCUGUGAUGCCUUGUUAUGACAAAAAACUGGAAGCGUCACGUAGUGACUUCUACAAUGAGGUAUAUUCAACGCGGGACGUCGAUUGUGUCAUUACAACUGGGGAGCUCGAGCUCAUUCUGCGAGAGAAAGGCUGGGAUCUGUCUAAAUCAAUUUCUGGAGAACUGGAUAUGCCCUCAGUUUCCCUGGUGCCAGACCCAAAUAAUGUCUCGGAAGACACACUCCCCGAGCUGAUCAAUCACCCAGGCUCGUCCUCCGGAUCAUAUCUCCAGGAGAUUAUAUCUCAUGUAGUGAAGACGUCGGAAAUGCCUUUGGUCCUCUCAGUCAGACAGAUGAGAAACUCCGACUACGAAGAAUACAUAUUACGUACGGAAGCUGUGGAUAAUACUGGCCAGGUCAUAUUCAAAGGAGCCAAAUGCUACGGGUUCCGAAAUUUGCAGAAUGUGGUCAGGAAGGUGGGCAAAGAGAAAGGAGUCCACGUAGGGACGGGUGCCACUGGCAGAUUGGGGGAUGUGGCUACGAGUCGCAGAAUCAAGAGAGGUGCUGGAAGCAACGACGCAAAAGAACGGCCAUACGAUUACGUCGAGGUCAUGGCGUGUCCUGGAGGGUGUGUUAAUGGCGGCGGACAAUUGAAGGCGCCUUCGACGAUUAUCAAAGACACUGAUGAUGAAGGCUACACGCGAAGUUGGAGCGAUGCCGGGGUCGAGAUACAGAACGCCCGGUGGGGUAGCAAGGAAUGGACGCGGAAAGUCGAGGAGGUGUACUGGGAAGAGUCAUCGCCCUCGGAGGGUACCAAUGGGGCUCUAGGGUGGGCGCCCGUGGAAACACGAUGUACAGGGCCGGUCGUCAACGUGCCUGACGAGCUUAUUAAGAGAGUUUUGUUGGAAGCUAAUGACGUUGCGCGGAACUUGUUCCGAACUCAAUAUCGAGCAAUUGAAAACGAGGUUGUUGGUCUGGCAGUCAAGUGGUAGAUAUUACUGUACUGAGUGCGUAGUGCAUUAUGAAGAUUAGAUGACCGUUAAAUACUAGGGAAUUGAAGUUGAAGUGAUACGAUAUAUAUGAAAGAACUGAUACAGAGAGACUAAAUAUAUUGAUCGACUAUGAAAGCAAUGUAGGAGUACAGAGAGCAUGGGAACAGUGGUGCAGUUGAAAGAUAGUCGAAGAGAUCUAGAAUAGACGCUAGACGGACGUGCGGGUAUUGCAGUAGGCAAAGCCUAUGUACGGGGCCGGGAUCCGGGGCCUCUGUACCAGUACUCGCACUGAGUGCAGUAGUCAGCGGUGGUGCGGGUUACGGUCUCUCCGCGGUCGGGACCCAGAUACUAGCAUCACGUAAGAAACACGGCGACGAAAUGUAUUCAACACGUACACGGUUACAUCCCGAGUCUGAGCAAUCAUGUCUGGGGUCAGAAGGGUGUCGGAUUGAAUGAAUGCAUCGGCUGCUGCCACAAUCUAUCUUCCGGAUCGUCC